ACUCCUUCAACUGAGGAUUUGAGCAACCUUGUAGCAAGAAUACAAGCAACGGGAGCAGACAUUGUGAAAAUUGCAACAACUGCUGUGGACAUUGCCGAUGUGGCACGCAUGUUUCAAAUAAUGGUGCAUUCUCAAGUUCCGUUGAUUGGAAUUGUUAUGGAUGAUAGGGGGUUGAUUUCUCGUGUACUUUGUGCGAAAUUUGGUGGAUAUCUGACUUUUGGCACCCUUGAGUCAGGAGUAGUUUCAGCUCCUGGUCAACCUUCACUUAAGGAUCUAUUGCAUCUAUACAAUUUCAGAGCACUGACACCUGAUACAAAAGUAUAUGGGCUUAUUGGAAAGCCUGUCAGUCACAGUAAAUCGCCCAUGUUACUGAAUGAAGCCUUCAAGUCAGUUGGUUUUAACGGUGUUUAUAUAAUUCUAUUGGUGGAUGACAUUGCCAAUUUUCUCAGGACUUACUCUUCUACAGAUUUUAUGGGAUUCAGUGUUACCAUUCCUCACAAGGAGACGGCAGUUAAGUUAUGUGAUGAAGUUGAUCCAGUGGCUAAGUCUAUAGGGGCUGUGAAUUGCAUUAUCAGAAGACCAACUGAUGGGAAAUUAAUUGGGUAUAACACAGACUACGUUGGUGCUAUUUCUGCAAUUGAGGAUGGGUUACGAGGUAAACAUAAUGGUAGUAGCACAGAUGUUUCUCCAUUAGCCGGUAAGCUGUUUGUUGUAAUUGGGGCUGGUGGUGCUGGGAAAGCAGUUGCUUAUGGUGCGAAAGAGAAAGGAGCAAGGGUUGUGAUUGCGAAUCGUACCUACGAUCGGGCCAGAGAACUUGCUGAUGCAAUUGGAGGAGAAGCUUUGCCCCUUGCUGAUUUGGAUAAUUUCCAUUCGGAGGAUGGUAUGAUUCUUGCAAACACAACAUCAAUUGGAAUGAUACCAAAAGUUGACGAGACGCCUAUUUCUAAGCAUGCUUUGAAACAUUACUCUCUAGUUUUUGAUGUUGUGUACACACCCAAGAUGACUAGACUGUUGAAAGAAGCAGAAGAAGCAGGAGUCACCAUUGUGACAGGAUUUGAGAUGUUCAUAGGGCAAGCAUAUGGGCAGUUUGAGAAUUUCACUGGAUUGCCUGCACCAAAGAAGCUCUUUAGACAAAUUAUGAAAGACUAUUAAUGAGGUUUGCAAGUCAUUCCUUAUCCAAUUGAAUUUUAAAUCUUGUAUUUAUUUGAUUGUAUAUGUACGGAAUAAUAUGUUGCCAUCCCAUUUAGUAAACAUAAUCUCGGCCAUAAUUAAGAAUAAUGUUGUUAAAGUAAUAAUGAGAUUAACAAUCAGGUUAGGCAAUUUCUUCCUACACCUCAUUAUUUCUU